AUGAAAUUAUCAGAGGCAGAUAACGCUGAUGUAGUGAAAGUUGAGAUAAAAGAAGAUCUGUAUACGUGUGAUCAGGUGAAGACUGAGGAGGAUGAAGUUCCUAUAAAUACAACUACAGGUGAAUUUAAAAACUGCAGUAAUCCUAGUCAUGGUGAACAUACCGAUACUUUGGUCAAUCUUCUUCAAAAUCAAAGAAGCCGUGUCGAAAAUGUAUGCUCUGAAUAUCGGGAAGGUUUUACCAGGAAAUCAAAUAUUUUAAGACCUCAGAAAAGUCAUACAGGGAAGAAAGCAAUUUCAUGUUCUGACUGUGGAAAAUGUUUUACUGAGAGAUCAAAUCUUAUUAGACAUCAGAAAAUUCAUUCAGGACAGAAAGCAUUUUUAUGUACUAAUUGUGGGAAAUGUUUUGCUGAGAAAGCAAAUCUUAUUAAGCAUGAGAAAAUUCAUACAGGAGAGAAAGCAUUUUCGUGUUCUAAUUGUGGGAAAUGUUUUACUGAGAAAUCAACUCUUGUUAAGCAUCAGAAAAUUCAUACAGGAGAGAAAGCAUAUUUAUGUUCUGAAUGUGGGAAAUGUUUUGCUCAGAAGCCACAUCUUAUUUCGCAUCAGAAAACUCAUACAGGAGAAAAAGCAUUUUCAUGUUUUGAAUGUAGGAAAUGUUUUGCUAGGAAAGCAACUCUUAUUAAGCAUCAGACAACUCAUACAGGAGAGAAAGCAUUUUCAUGUUCUGAAUGUGGAAAAUGUUUUACUCAGAAAGAAACUCUUAAAAGGCAUAAGAAAAUUCAUACAGGGGAAAAAGAAUUUCUGUGUUCUCAAUGUGGGAAAUGUUAUUCUCGGAAAACCGAUCUUAAUAAUCAUGAGAAAAUUCAUAUUAAAAGAAAUCUGGAAGAUCAGAGCAUGACUUCUUAAAGGGACAGUGUACACUAAUAAUUCCCCCCCUUUAAUGUUUUCCCAAUUAUCCAUUUUACCUACUUGAGUGUUUUAAAUUUUGUACAAAUAGCUUUUAUCCUUUCUUUUCUCGUUUGAAAUAGCUGAUUUUGCCUAUCGUUUUCCCUCCUAUACUAAACAUUUCUGAACUUAAAGGGACAGUGUACACCAAUUUUCACAUAACUGCAUGUAAUAGACACUAUUAUAAAGAAUAAUAUGUACAGAUACUGAUAUAAAAAUCCAGUAUAAAACCUACUUCGAAGCUCCCAGUUUAGCUCUGUUGAAAAGGUUAGCUGGAACACCCACUGAAAGUGGUUGUAUACCAACAAGAGAAGACACUCCCCCUUUCUCUCCAUAUGAAAAGAUUCUUUACACAAACAGGAGCAAGCUGGAGUAGGUAGACAUCAGUAUACUUCUAAAACAUUGCGCUUUGUUAGGAGUCUGAAAAUCAGCGCAAUGUUAUUUAAAAAUAAGCAAAACUAUACUAUUAAAAAAAAAACUGUAUAUGCUAUAUAAAUAGAUCAUAUACAAAGCAUUUAUGCAAAGAAAAAUCUAGUGUAUAAUGUCCCUUUAAGAUCUGGUUAUAAAGAAACAUGUAAACAAAAAGGUUUAGAUAAAAUAAUGCACUCAGUUUGUGUCUAUGAUAGAGACAUUAAAAUGUUAAUUCUUCAUUGUUUUCUUUACGUAUUGGCCUUUGGGUAAACAAUAAAAAAAGAUAAGAAGGGCUUGUGUAAAUAAUUAGACAGAUAAUAAGGUUUGCUUUCCCUGCUAACUCAAUCCAUUUUAUUGGGUUGUGGUUUCAAUUAGCAGACGCAGACAAUUAAUGAACUAAAAGUGCAAUUUCCCAUACAUUUUUAACUCUGCAUCUGGUAUGACAAGUCAUUGUAAACAUGUUAAGCAGAAACCAAUUUUACCAGUACACUGUCCCUUAAAGUGCCAUAAAACAUUUUGAGUUAUGUACAUAUUAUAAAAGGGUGAACUGAGGUAAAACAGUAUGUGCAAAAAAGUGUAAAGAAAAUAAUAAAAUUUCCAACAAUCUGCAAAAUGACUUACACUUAAGUGUAGUCUGCACCACCACCCCCCCUUAUCAGUGUCCUACUCCAAACCUUUGUGGUAUCAUGUAACAAAGUGUGCACGUGAGAAUAAUUACUUAUGCAAGUAAGGGGGGUUGAGGAGAGACAACGGGUACUGCUAUUGUUUGUUGCCAAGAGACUUGCUCAUUUCUAUGUGGAUAAUGUCACAUGCUUUGUGAAAGCUUCAGCAUUAUACUGUGCCCUGCAUUAGUCAGGUGUCAUGUGACUGCUCCCUGCCAGGAACAUGCACAAGUACAUUCUUUAGAAGCUAUUGCCUGGAUUGCACCAUCCAUAUAUGGAAAUGCCCAGGUGGGAGCUUGCUGCAAACAAAAUUAUGCCUGAAUUAAAGGGGUUAAUGGGUGUUAAAACAAAACAAACAAUAAAAACGUUUUGCGGGUAA